AUGACUGAACUGACAGUUUAUGCGGUAGAUCAGUUCUCCACACUGACUGAUGACGAGGUGUCUGUGUUAUUCUGUUUUCUGUGUUCUGACUCCGGUCCUCCUGACUUCAUUGACACAGAGUGGCUGGACAUGCUUAAUGAGAUACGACUAGGAGUGUACGAUAAAGAGAAUCCUGUAACACGUGACAAAGUACAGCCGACUCUGGAAAGACUGAAGUCACGUGGUUACCUCUGGGAAGAUAAGGACAAGAUAACGAAGGAUACAAAGGAUGAGACAAUGUAUAGGAUAGCAUCAAUAAGGAGUUAUAUACCAUUCUAUUACAGUAGUUAUAACACAGCCAGUGUGUACCUGAGAUCACAGAGAUACAACAGAGAACCUGGGGAGAAGUGUGUCAUUAGUGAAGACAGUGACGAUGAGUCCUUACUGACACGCCGUCUACAGAUGAACAUACUGACUCACGUCACCAUGGAGGACACGAUAAAUAUCUCAGAAAAUAAAAUCAAGAGCAGUAAAGAUGAACGAAAAGAAUUUCUAACGGAACUAAGAAGAGAAGGGGAGGCUGUACAUUAUAGAGGAAGAUCACAGGACAGUGUAGAUCACGUGACGUGGCUCUGGAGACACAGGGGAUACAAUAGACCUGACAUCGUGAGAUCCUGUAUAGGUCUACAUCCACACUGGGAUAUAUACAUCAUCGACAACAAAACGUAUAGAAGACCAAGUAAAAUCCAUAGCUAUGAGCCGAAAGUCAGAUGUCUACUUUACUGUUUACUUAUAUCUGAUAAAUAUCGGAUUAAUUUCAUUGAACAAUCACACAGAAUCAUAAAGGACAAAAUCAGACAGAGGUAUUUCCCUGAUAUUACUGAUGACGGCUCGGUAGAUCUCCCUGAUGGAAUCACAGAUACACAUGACGGUGUGAUAACCUUUAUAUCAGACGAUAUCCGACAUGACGUCAUGUACGCCUUUGUUACUGAGUGUCUGGUGGAGGACAGUGACCUGGAGUUUUUCCUGACCACGGCGUCACGUGACGUGGUAUAUGAAUACUGCAGAAUCUGGAAUUAUAAGAGGAGUGAGGGAGAGAGAUGUCUGUAUGUACCGGACUAUCCGGAGAAGAUGUACGACCUCUUUAUAGACAGUCUACAGCUGGAUAUCAUCACACACUGCACCGUGUCUGACUGGAGGAUUCGUGACAGGAUCUGUAAACGUUUGAAGAUACCCAAAGAAGUACUGCGUUGGAACAUGGAAGCAAGAAAAAGGUUCGUCAAAAUUUCAAAUCAGGGGAGUGUGAACAUGUGUCGAGCCAGAGGUAUGAUAGUGGGAUGCGCAGGCGCAGGAAAAUCAACUCUUCUUAGAAGACUUCAAAGGGAAAACAAAGAAGAAAACAAACAACCAACUGAGACAACCAUCGGUCUUGAUAUUCACGAGGAUUUGUUUGAAAUUAAAAAUGACACAUUAAUAGAUUUUGAUAAAAAUGGAAUACAAUCAAACAAGACUUCUAACAGCACAGAUGGAAGACAGCUAAUAAGUAUGACGGAUUUCGCUGGACAAGUAGCGUAUUACGCGUGUCACCAGAUUUAUCUCUCCAGAAGAGCCUUUUAUCUUGUAGUUGUUGACAUGUCUAAAGAACUGGAGGAAAAAGCUAUAUCAUACGACUCUGACAGGCACAACCCUAUUGGAUCUUUAUUUCAUGACUGGACAUUUGCGGAAUACUUUGUGUUUUGGCUGCAAUCCAUUAAAACCUAUUGUGAGGAUGGCAAGUCUGAGGAAAGUGGACGUGAUGAAACCAAGGCCAACCCUGUUAUCCUGAUUGCCUCUCAUCAUGACUGUGUAAAGGAGAAGAACGAAACCACGGCAAAUCAAACCACAUUUUAUGAUGCACUAGAGAAAUGCUUGCCUAUUGAACAUACAUUGAAUGAUCAUAUUUCUCCCGCACGUUACUACGAGAUUGAAUGUCCACUGGGAGAAUUGAAUAAGCACCAGGAAGAAGGAAUAGAACAAGUCAGAAACUGUAUUGUGCACACGGCAAAAAGUCUUCCGCAUUGGGGUGAAAAAAUCCCACAUAUAUGGUACUUGUUUGAGCAGUUUAUUCAAGAAAACAAAAUGAAGAGAAUUGUCAGUAGGAAACUCCUACAAGCUGAAAAAGAAUUAAAUUUUCUUAAAGAUAAUGAAUUGGAUGAUAUGCUGAGAUACUUUUCGGAGGUGGGCCAGAUUAUCUAUUUUUCUGAAUCUGUUCUGAGGCACAAUAUAAUAUUAGACGUUGGUUGGUUUGUAGACGCUUUUAAAAAUAUCAUUACAGACCCUACUCACGCACGCUCAGCAUGCAGUAGGGUGAAAGAGUGGGACAUUUUUAUGAAGAAUGGAAUGAUUUCAGAUUCAACACUGGUCAAGGUAUGGAGGGAAAACAAAAAGGAAUCGUAUGUUCUUCAGAAGGAUCAUAUUUUACCAUACAUGGAGAAACUUGGUAUUCUUGCAAAAAUGAAAACCCAAGAAAUUGAGGUUAGAGACGCGGAAUUGUUAGAGAAUAGACAAGAGUCCUUGUACUACAUCCCAAGUAUCAAUAAGACUGACUUCACAACAAAAGGCUUUCAUUUCUUCAACAACGGAUAUAAAACUCCGAUUUUGGUCUUUUCUUUCAAAACGUAUAUUCCACAUUUCUUUUUCUUUAGACUUGUUGCAAUAUGUUUUUCGAAGUGGGAGUUAUUAAGUAAGGACCGUCUCUGUAAAAACAUUGCCUUUUACAAGGAAAAGGGGGGCGAUAUUAACAUUGCUAUUGCUGUUAAUAAAACUUCCAUUCAAUUGCAAGCGUUUACUCCAGAUGAUAAAAUCAAUCUAACAAGCGCAGAUACCAAGAAGAUCAGAAUUCAAAUUGAACAUUUGCUUCGGAAGGUUACCACUACUUUCCAUCAACAAGUCCUCUAUGAGGUUGGGUAUCCGUGUAGAGACAUAAAUAUCACUGAAGAAGAUGAGCAUUGCUUUUUAUCAGAAAGAACAGUAGCCGAGCUAAACACGAAUGAACGAGUUUGCCCGAAUUUUAUAAAGGAGGAUCAUGAAAAACAUCAGAUUGUUCGUGACGACCUGCUGCAUUACUGGUACACGGGAGUUGAUAGCAGAGCCCAUUCUUCUUGGUGGUUGGACUAAAAGAAAUUGAUUGUAAAACGAAACAGUUUAAAUGUACAAAGCGGGCUCUACUCUCCCUUAUCAUUUCUGUUUCACGCUGGUGGUCUAUAUAAAUACGUAUUGAAAGAAAAAUUAAUAUGUAUUGAAUUAAUUCUGCAUUCAUCUGUUGAGGUUGACUAAAAAAAAUAACAGAAUUAGACUCGGCCAUUCAGUGAAUUGAAAAUCUACUGAAAGAUCACAUGUAGUGGAGAACAGAUCUUUAUCAUUUAAGCAUUAAUAUGAUUACUUUAUUGAAUGCAAGUAUUAAUAUUAACCUCGUAUAAAAAAAACAUAUAUAUAUAUGAAUAUGUUUUAAACAUUAUAUGUACAUGUAUUGUAAUAGAAAUGAUACCCAACCCCAUAUAUUUGUUUUAAAAAAGUUUAAGUUUAAAUAUUUCCAUUUCUAAUUUUUUUUCUCUGUGAUAACUGUUUGAAAGUUUGGGGAAUUUAUUUCUUGAUAAUUCUGCCGGAAUGUAAAUUAGGCAGGUCGAUAGGUCAGCAGCUAAGGAGGCCUAAUAUGCAUGCAAAUCUCGUGCGCAUCUGUCUACGUGUCUGACGCUAAGGAGGCCAAAUAUGCAUGUAAAUCUCGUGCGUCUGCCUUUGUGUUUGACGUCAGUGUGAGAGGACUAUUAAAAUUGGCAUGGAAGUCCUUGUGUAUAUCUAUUAGUCUACAUUUUAAAUGUCUAAAUCUACAAUUUUAUUUCACAAUGGAAUGGAAAUAUAAGAAUUCG